AUUUGGAACCUUCUCCUAUCUAUAAAUUAAAGAGAUGCAUUCGCGCCAAAUACAAAAGGGGAAAACACUCUCAGUCGCGCGUCCAGCAAUCGGCAGCUAGCUAAUCCCAUCUCGUUGUUGCUUGUAGCCAUGGGAGCGGAACGCGGCGGGGACUCUUGCUACUCUCCGGCGGCGGUAAUGGCCACCGCCGGCGCCCUCGCUCUGGUGGCGAUCUGCUCGUACCUGGCCGUCACCAGCAACAAGCAGAAGCGGCGGCGGCGGCCGCCGGUGGUCGGCACGGUGUUCCACCAGCUGUACAACGUCCGGCGCAUACACGACUACCACACGGCGCUGUCCCGCGAGCACACGACCUUCCGGAUGCUCGUGCCGGCCGGCGGCGACCAGAUAUACACCUGCGACCCCGCCGUCGUCGAGCACAUCCUCAAGACCAACUUCGCCAACUACGGCAAGGGGCCGUUUAACCACGGGAACGCCAAGGACCUGUUCGGGGACGGCAUCUUCGCCAUCGACGGCGAGAAGUGGAAGCAGCAGAGGAAGAUCGCCAGCUACGACUUCUCCACCAGGGCCCUCCGCGACUUCAGCUGCGCCGUCUUCAAGAGGAACGCCGCCAAGCUCGCCGGCAUCGUCUCCAACCACGCCGCGUCAAACCAAUCCAUGGACUUCCAGGGUUUGAUGCUGAGAGCAACGAUGGACUCCAUCUUCACCAUCGCAUUCGGCACAGACCUCAACACGCUGGACGGCUCCGGCGAGGGGAGCCGCUUCGCCGCGGCGUUCGACGACGCCAGUGAGUUCACCAUGCUCCGCUACAUCAGCCCGCUCUGGAAGCUGGCAAGGCUCCUCAACGUCGGCGUCGAGGCCAUGCUCAAGGAGAGGAUCAAGGUCGUCGACGAAUUCGUGUACAGGCUCAUCCGUGCCAGGUCCGACGAGCUCUCCAACUCACACGACUCCGGUUCGAGGCAGGAUAUCCUAUCAAGAUUUCUCCAGGCAACGACCAGCGAUUCUGUGGUCGAUUACAAGUACCUGCGAGACAUCAUACUGAACAUUGUCAUAGCCGGCAAGGACACCACAGCUGGGGCGCUUGCUUGGUUCCUGUACAUGGUGUGCAAGCACCCGGAAGUCCAGGAGAAGAUCUGCCACGAAGCCAUGGUGGCCACCAGCGCCGGGGACACCGCUUCCGUCGACGAGUUCUUGCAGAGCUUGACUGACCAAGCGCUGAACAACAUGCACUACCUGCACGCCGCACUGACGGAGACGCUCCGGCUUUACCCUUCAGUUCCAAUGGAAAACAAGCAGUGCUUUUCAGACGAUGUAUUGCCCAACGGUUUUAACGUCAGCAAGGGGGACAUCGUGUUCUUCAUCCCCUACGCGAUGGGCCGGAUGGAGAGCUUGUGGGGCAAAGACGCUGAAUACUUCCGGCCUGAACGUUGGCUCGACGAAAACGGCGUCUUUCAGCAGGAAAGCCCGUUCAAGUUUACAGCAUUUCAGGCCGGGCCAAGAAUCUGCCUCGGGAAGGAGUUCGCGUACAGGCAGAUGAAGAUCUUCGCGGCCGUGCUGCUCCGUUUCUUCGUGCUCAAACUUCGCGACGAGAAGGAGAUCGUUAGCUACAGGACCACGCUUACACUCGCCAUCGACCAGGGUCUCCAUCUGACGGCUACGGCGAGAUGAGUGCAUGUCACACUACACAGCCUGGGCACAUACUGCAGCUGUCACCUGUACACUGUACUCAAUGCAAGUGACAGCUCUUGUGUGCCAAAUCGAAUGAUAUCUGUAGACCUUAAUAACGUCUGAUCGCGAAUGAUCCGUAUUGCACUCUGGAAAUAAUAAAGCUGCCGGUGCAUGUACCUAAAUA